UCAGCAGCAGCAGCAGCAGCAGCAGCAGCAUCCCGCUGCCUACACCCGCACAGCACCGCACCGCACCGCAGCUGCGGGUCCUUGGUGUCCCGCGGCGCCUGGUCGGACCAUCCCGCACUGAAGGAAGAACGAUCCAGAUAAGGCGAAAGACGUUUCUGUUGCAUCGAAAAGAAAGUGAGAGAAGCUGAAGAGAAUCUUGACUGGACACUUUUUUUUCUUUCUUUUUGUUUGUUUGAUUGUUAUUGUUUCUUUUUAUUGUUGUUCGCACGAGGCGGGCUGGGGUCGCGCGCGCCGCGUCUUUUUCCAUGGAUUUAUUUCCAGCCGGACUUCUCUGGGAAAUAAACUAGUGUUGAACCGUUUCUCUGGGUUAUUGUUCCACUCAGAGGGAAACCAUGAUCUUCUCACUGUUCUGUUUUCUGCCUCUUUUCGAUGUGCUGACCUACGCGGAGGAGAACCUGCGCGCCUCUCGGCUGGACUGCGUGCGGGCCAGCGAGCAGUGUCUGCGGGAGCAGGCGUGCAGCACCAAGUACCGCACGAUGAGGCAGUGCGUGGCCGGCGGCAAGGAGAGCAACUUCAGCCGGGUGGCCGGCGUGGAGGCCAGGGAUGAGUGCCGCAGCGCGAUGGAGGCGCUCAAACAGAGUCCCCUGUAUAACUGCCGGUGCAAGAGAGGCAUGAAGAAGGAGAAGAACUGCCUGCGCAUCUACUGGGGGAUCUAUCAGUCCUUACAAGGUAACGACUUCUUGGAGGAGUCUCCGUACGAACCGGUGAACAAACGUCUGUCUGACAUCUUCCGCCUGGCUCCAAUCUUAGGUGAGCCGGCGGUGGCCCGAGAGAACAACUGCCUGACCGCCGCCAAAGCCUGCAACCUGAAUGACACAUGCAAGAAGUACCGAUCGGCGUACAUCAGCCCGUGCACCAGCCGCGUCUCCACCGCCGAAAUCUGCAACAAAAGGAAGUGCCACAAGGCCCUGCGGCAGUUCUUUGACAAGGUUCCUCCGAAGCACAGCUAUGGCAUGCUGUUCUGCUCAUGCCCCGUCAGUGACCAGACGGCGUGCUCUGAACGCAGGCGUCAAACCAUCGUUCCUGUCUGCUCUUAUGAGGAAAAGCAGAAACCAAACUGUCUGGAACUCCAGGAGACCUGCAAGACCAACUACAUCUGCAGGUCCCGACUGGCUGACUUCCUUGUGAACUGCAUGUCAGAGCCUCGCUCACUGUCAGGCUGUCUGAAGGAAAACUACGCCGACUGCCUCCUGGCUUACUCUGGCCUUAUUGGCACCGUGAUGACCCCCAACUACCUGCGCUCACCCAAGAUCAGCGUCUCGCCCUUCUGCGAUUGCACCAACAGUGGCAACAAGAAAGACGACUGCGACAAGUUCACCGAGUUCUUCACAGAAAACACCUGCCUCCGGAAUGCCAUCCAAGCCUUUGGGAACGGAACAGACAUUGGGAUGAGGCCGCCGAUAUCCCCCCUCCAGACCACCACCUCCAUCACUACACCCUACCAAAAGAACCGUGAACGCAACCCCAACACCAUAGACAACCAGAUUAAUGCUGACCCCAGCCUCUUACACUUCUGUGGAAACUUACAGGCUCAGAAACUACAUUCAAAUGCGACUGUUGACGUCUGCUCGUCUGAUCCCCAGGCUCCAAAGGUAGACGGUCCAAGUGCAUCCAACGCCAUCCUGAGAGACUCAGCCGUCUGCAGACAGUCUGUUGGUGUCACCUCCCUGCUGCCACUGCUGCUCUACUUUGGAGCACGAGGCUACUUGUAGCCCUGCUGCUUGAAAGCUAUAAAUUACGGACUGAGAAACUCAUAUUUGUAUAGAAAAGAAAGCAAAACAAGAAAUUAUAUCUUUUUUUUUAAGUUACUUCUGUUCUUUUAUUGAACCUGGACCUGAUGAUUUUCUUUCCAUCUGUUGUUUUUUCUUUGUUUAUUUGUGUUGCAGCUUAAUGCUAAAACUGUGAUGUAUUAGGCAUUUAACUCAUUUGGUUUAGUCAGAAAUAGUGGAUAUGAAGCCACUAUGAA